AUGAUCUCGUCGUCCCGAAUCGCCGCCGCGCCGCGGCUCCUCGCCCGAGCCGUUUCCGCCAAAGCCGCUCCCUCCCACGCGGCUGCGACAGCCUCCUCCUCCCCUCUCCUCUGCCAACGGGCCGCCCUCCACACGCAGCGCGGAGGCGGCUCCGCGGCCAAGGCAAACAACAACAGCCCGCGCCCCGGGCGGGUGCUGGAGCGCUCGACGACCACGUCGGCGGAGCGCUACUGGCCCAAGUACGAGAUCCCCGAGGGCGCGUCGCGGCUCGUCUACGACCUCAAGAGCUCGCCCGGCGGGCCCAUCACCGUCGCCUGGACGCGCGACUUCCUCUUCGUCCAGGACAGCCCCGAGCGCGGCCGCCGCGCCCUCAAGCCCGCCACCCUGCGCGACAGCUGCGCGUGCCCCAAGUGCCGCGACCCGGCGUCGGGCCAAAAGUCGUUUGCCUCGAUCGAGAUCCCCGUCGACAUUGGCAUCGCCGACGUGCGCGCCGUGGACGCCGGCCUGGCCAUCACCUUUGAGAACGACAUGGAGCGCUACACGCGCGAUGGCGGGCACGAAAUGGUCCUGCCCUGGGCGUCGGUCGAGAUGGCCCUCAAGCGCCGCUCCGCCAAGGACCUGCCGCUGCCGCGCAAGCGCUCCGUCCUGCGCCGCACGGGCGUGCAGUACUGGGACGCGGCGACGCUGGACCGCCACGUGCGCACCAUCGACUACGACGAGUACAUGAAGGGCGGCGAGGCCUUCUGGGACGCCGUCAUCGACAUCUGCCGCCUGGGCAUCGUGUACCUCAAGAACGUGCCGCGCGACGAGGACGCCGUCGUGCGCAUCACGACGCGCAUCGCCAACAUCCGCGAGACCUUCUACGGCCGCACCUUUGACGUGCGCGCCAAGCCCAACGCCGAGAACGUCGCCUACACGAGCGGAUACCUCGGCCUGCACCAGGACCUCAUGUACCUGGACCCGCCGCCCAUGAUCCAGGUGCUGCACUGCAUGGACAACUCGUGCGCGGGGGGCGAGAGCCUCUUCAGCGACGGCGAGCGCGUCGGCCGCCUGCUCUGGCCGUUUGUCAACGCGAGCACGCGCAUGGCGCCCCUCGCGGACCACCACAUCCCCUACCAGUACGACAAGAACGGCUACCACUACUUCGCGUCGCGGUACGUCAUCGACCACACCGAGGGGGGCGGCUUCGCGGGCGUGCACUGGAGCCCGCCGUUCCAGGGCAAGUACCUGAGCGCGGCCAAGGACCUGCGGCCCUGGAUCGAGCCGGCGCGCAUCUUCGAGGGGCUCAUCAACGAUGAGAGUGCUGUGCACAGCCGCAAGAUGGAGGCGGGCGAGUGCGUGCUGUUCGACAACUUGCGCACCAUGCAUGGGCGCACGGCGUUUGACGUCGGCUCCGGCGGCUCGCGCUGGCUGCGGGGCGCGUACAUCGCCGCCGAGGACUUCCUCAGCAGGGCGUCGUAUAUCCCCGCGGGGCAGGCCGAGGCGUAUCGCGGCCCGGAGGAGUGGACGCCUGAGGGGGCGCAGCAGGAGCUGCGGCAGACGGCGUGGCACCAGGAGGUGCUGGACAAGGUCAGGAGGCUGGACCCCAGCGUUGCGGAAUAG